CUGUUAUUAUCUUCUAUCUGUUGUGCAACUUUUCAAGCUCUUCUUCAACCGCAAGAUUCCACCCCAAAUGACUUCGCAUCGCCAGCAAGUCCAAAUUUAGCGAUUUCCACCUGCAGAGAAGUUGCAGACUCUUCCAGCCGCCUGCUUCCUACAGCAAUAACAUCGUAUGCAUCAGCGUCACAGUCGCCAUCGCCAUCACCAUUUUCGUCGCCAUCACUGUCAGCUCUAAGACCCUCCUCACCGGCGUCGGGAGUAGUUCGUCUUAAUGCACGGAUUCUUGACGACCUGGACUCUGGCUGGAGCUCGAGCAGCCGCACCGUCUCCCAGGUCUCAAGGGGAUCCUUCAAUUAUGCCGGGCUCCUGCCUGGCUCGCGGCAUUGCCUACAGCCGACAGAUACCAACACUUCCCUCCUCAACAAAGGACUGAAGGAGUUUCCCUCUCCUGAAAACAAAUCUGGACUGGACCAAGGAACUGAUCACGUCAGAGUCCAGCUAGAGCCUGCUCUCUCUAACGCCGAAGAAGAUGAGCAAGCUACCGUCCACGCGGAGGUGGCCACAUCUGCCUGCGCCACACCCCUACAAGUCAUCUCAGUUUCCAGCUCGUCAAAGUUCACCUGCUCGAAGGCCUUAUCGUCAUCAUCGCGUCGUGCCAUGCGUGCGCCAGACACUCAGCUUCAGUCCAGCCAUUCGAUUGGUCACCAGACGAUGGUGUUGCCCGCAAGUGAGCCAAUCAGCACAGCGGCACCUCAUCCGAUAUCCUUUAGGCCCUGGGCAUCAGAGAAAGAGAACCAUACAAGGACGUCAGAUGAGCCCCACGCCCGACACCAAAUGAGUCACAUUCACGAUUGUCAACAUUACUAUCAUUAUCAUCAUCAUUAUCAUCAUCAUUAUCACCAUCAUCACAACGACAGAAAAGAAGACGUUUUUACAAAGAAGGCCCACAACAGUGCAUUGGAAGCGGAAAUGCACCCCCCUAAUUUACUUUUCCCGACUCGGCCAACAUGUCACCAA